UAUGGAUGAAAGACAACUGACGGUGUUAAAAAGUGCAUUAAUAUUAAAUGGUAUUUCGUUUGGAGUAAUUAAUUUUAUAUAAUUAAAAUACCAAGCAAUGGAUUAUUUAAUUUGUAGAUUGUUUGAAGUCAUGUUGUUAGUACUUUGUGUUAAAUGUUUGAAAUCACUGCCAUCAGAUACCUUUGAAUCGACAUCAACAUCACUGCAACAGACUGGUAACGAAAAUAGUACGAACAUUUAUGCAGAUCAAAGGCAAAUUCAUAAUGUAAAUUUAACUGUGUCAAACCAGCCCGUCAUAGGUUUUGGGCAGGAUCUAGCAAACGAAACUAGUUUAAAUCUGUAUCAAAGAAAGGACUCAACGGAAAAUGAUGCGGACCCACCGUACAUUGAAAAUACCUCAUCAGGUGACAUUCUUCAAAAAUAUAUUACAAGUACAUAUGAAACUGUAACAGAUGAAGAAUUCGAGUCGAGUAAGACAUCAAUUGCAUUUACAAAUGAGUCACUAAAGGAUGAAAGUGAUGUAACAAAAAAUACUGCGACCAAUUCUCCAGAGUUUACAUCUACACAGAACGUUGACCGCCAUGUUCCCUAUUUCGUGAGCAAUAAUGAAAUGAAAGCAUUAGUUUUGACACAUGAUAAUGGCCGUCAAAGGAUGCCUUUUCAGCACCACUUGCAGCUAGUACCAAUGGAGGAUGAACCGUUUGGAACAUUCAUUAUGAAGGACAAUCGGUUGUUGGUGAGUGUGCUAAUUCCAAUCGGUGUGGGGACAAUCGGAGCGGCCAUGAUUGUUGUAACUGUGCUGUCACUUCGCUACAUCGCACGACGCCGAGCGGUUGGGGUUAUGCCUAUCAACGAUGACGUCAUCGUGAACAAACACGAGUCAAGCGUUGCAAGUAUCAGUGGGGAGCAAACGGACAGAGUGUUCCUCCUUAUUGGGGAGGAAGAUGAUAUUUGACGCACCAAGUUAACAUAGUGUCCCCAUGGUUGUGAAGACAGAAGCUCAACUAUGCGAAAACUAACAAUGUUGUUGAGGACGUAGUUAAGAUAUAACGUUAACUUUCAUUACGGCUAGACACCAUAAUUGCAAUAACACAUUACGAUGUCAAAUGCAGUUAUGAAAAUUCGUCAUGUGUUCCUAAUUGGCUCAACACUGUUGUGAAUAUGAUCCCAUAUAUCGACGUUCUUCAGUUGCACAAUCAUGUCGAUGAAAACAACUGUUUGCAAAAUAAAAUUCUCGAGACGUGCUCGUCAAUCAAUUAAACAAAGCACGAUCUCAAAGCCAAUUUGUAAUUUCUAGACCUUCUUAGGCAUGUUUAAAUGUAUUUUUCUAUCAAAUACAUGCGCGUACCUAUGUAGAAUUCCAAUACGCCCGGACGUGAAAAUCAAUGUUGGCUCCCCCGAAUUGCCAAGUGCUUUAAUCUCGAAAUUAGGAACACAUAUUGUCGGCUAAGAGAUGGUGAAUAAUACUUUAUAUACUUGUAACAUUUGACUGGCUAAAUUUGUUGCAAUUUUACUAAAGUUUGGCGUUCGGAGUGCUUGAGUGAAAUUGGAUGAUAAAUAUUGUAUUAAAAGGAAUCCUACACCCCUCCCGUACCAACCUGGUAUAACAAACAUACAACAAACCAGUGAGAAACCUUCACGUGCUUCAAAUUUCCUCAAUUUGUUGCCUGAACAGUAAUGUUUUGAUGUCCCAUUUAACAUAAUGCUUGACCUACUUUGCACUUAAAUUCUCCAAUGAAAUAUCCGCUUUUGAAAUACA